ACCAGAGCGUUGUGACGCUGGCGCAUAUAGGGCUUUGAGUGAGAUUCCCAGCAGCGGGAAUAGGAAGGGUACUCGUGCUUCCUCAGCUGGGACUCGCAAAUGGGGGUCGUUCACUAGCCACUGUGACCUUACCGUGUCUAAGGAUUCUAGCAAAUUGCAGAGGAUGUGAUCUUCGUGGUGAGCUGGUGGGAAAAUUGAGUUGUAAAUCACCCCAAUGGAUGCAGACAGUGAUGUUGCACUGGACAUUUUAAUCACAAAUGUAGUGUGUGUUUUUAGAACAAGAUGUCAUUUAAACUUGAGGAAGAUUGCAUUAGAGGGAGCAAAUGUGAUAUACAAGCGUGAUGUUGGGAAGGUUUUAAUGAAGCUUAGGAAACCUAGGAUUACGGCCACAAUUUGGUCCUCAGGAAAAGUUAUUUGCACAGGAGCCACAAGUGAAGAAGAAGCUAAAUUUGGUGCCAGACGACUAGCUCGUAGUCUACAGAAACUAGGUUUUCAGGUAAUUUUCACAGAUUUUAAAGUUGUGAAUGUUUUAGCAGUGUGCAACAUGCCCUUUGAGAUCAGAUUGCCGGAAUUUACAACGAAUAACAGACCUCAUGCAAGUUAUGAACCAGAACUUCAUCCUGCCGUGUGUUACAGAAUAAAAUCUCUCAGAGCUACCUUACAGAUUUUUUCCACAGGCAGUAUCACAGUUACAGGGCCAAAUGUAAAGGCUGUUGCCAGUGCUGUGGAACAGAUUUAUCCAUUCGUGUUUGAAAGCAGGAAAUAAAUUUUGUAAUUCACCACUUGAUGGUUAGGUUCCCUAACCGAGCACCUUCAAAGACUGCUGCACAUUGGACUAAAAGCAAAAAGGAAAACUGGACCAACCACAGCAGAGGAAUACAGACUCUUUUACUUGCUCAUGGCCACAGUAUAGACUCCAGUGCUUUUGGAUUUUACUCUUAACAGUGCUGUAUUGUAAAAACGGAAGUUUACAAGAUAUGAAAUUGCUGCUUUUAAAAAGACAUUCUAUUUAUUUUUGCAGUAAUUUCUGUGUAUUCAUAAGCAAAGCUGUCACGAUGUGCACUACCUUUAAGACUUUUUUUUUUAGCUUGGGCUUGUGUUUUAUUUGUGAAUAGUCUUUUACAUUUUUGUAUGCUGAAUAUUGGGCACCAAAGAAGCUGUAAAAGUUACCUUUUUCACCUGAUGAAUGUGCACAAAUAAAAGUUUGGAAAAUA